AUGGCUGCAUCCGAGCCACCAGAACCACCACCGCGUAAUCCGGAACGCAUUAAUGCCACACUACACAAGUUGGCCGAAUCAAAAAAUAUCAAGUCAUUAGAUUCCAGUGCACUCAAUGACAAAACCGUCAAUAAUAAUAAACCUUUGAAAACGAUAUUGUCAUUGGAUAAUACAACAACAACAGCAGCAGCGGCAGUAGCAGGAAACGCGCAAACAGUGGCUGUGGCAGCCACAACGAUAGUAACAAGUACGACAACGACAGCUGGCGCGGCAUUCAUUGCAACAACAUCUGUGGCAUCUUCAACGACAACUACAACUACGGUUGGUGAAACAAACAAAUUUGCUGCCAGCUCCAAUAACGCCCAAUCACCCUCAUCGGCCACAGCAGCCGCCUCAGCACUUUUCUAUAAUAAACAUAAAAAUCAGCAACAAAAGCAACAGCAGCAGCAACAACAACAACAGCCACCACCACACAAUGAUUUAACACCGAGUGGUGAAAGUAUCACAUCGCCUUUAAGCUCAAAUGGUAGCAGCCAUACUCUAACAUCACCAAUGACUAUUGAUAAUCAGCAGCAACAACAACAACAGCAGCAACAUCGUCUCAAUUUCCCCUAUCCUCCUGCGAAAGGUAAUAAUAGCAGCAGCAAUAAUAGCAACAGUUGUGGUGGUGGUGGUACAGAUACCACUACAGCUAUACCACACCAUAUGACCCAACAAUUGAAUGGUGGCAGCCAGCGUAGUGGCGUUGGUGGCCUUCUAAACGAACAACAACAGCAGCAGCAACAACAACAGAAUCAUCAUCUAGCCAAUGGCAGUACCAGUAGUGGAGGUAGUGUCAGUGCCGGUUCUGCAUCAUCGACCAACAGCAAUCACAGUAACACAAGUCUGAAUGCUGCCAACGUUUACAAUUCCAAUAACAUUAACAGCAACAAUUCACCAGCGUCGGGAUCAAAUAUUCAUCCAACAUUAGAUUAG